GUUUCUGGCAAAGGUUUUUUUUUUCCUCCCUCUCUGAUCUGAUUAUUUUAACUCCAGUUAAAGGGAAGGCAAGAUGGCUGAGAUGGGGAAGGGAGUCACUGCGGGCAAGCUAGCCAGCAAUGUGCAGAAGAAGCUCACCAGGGCACAGGAGAAGGUGCUACAAAAACUCGGGAAAGCAGAUGAGACAAAAGACGAGCAGUUUGAACAAUGCGUGCAAAACUUCAACAAACAGUUGACAGAAGGCAGCAAACUUCAAAAGGACCUCAGGACGUACCUGUCUUCUGUAAAAGCUAUGCAUGAUGCCUCCAAGAAGCUUACAGAGUGUCUGCAGGACAUCUAUGAGCCAGAGUGGCCUGGAAGAGAGGAGACCGAAAAGAUAGCAGAGAACAAUGACUUGUUAUGGACAGACUAUCACCAGAAGCUGGUAGACCAGGCUCUCCUGACGAUGGACACCUACCUUGGGCAGUUCCCUGAUAUCAAGUCACGUAUUGCUAAACGGGGUAGAAAAAUGGUGGAUUACGACAGUGCAAGACAUCACUUUGAAUCUCUACAGAAUGCAAAGAAAAAAGAUGAAACCAAAAUUGCCAAGCCUGUGUCGCUGCUUGAGAAGGCUGCACCACAAUGGUGCCAGGGAAAAAUCCAAGCUCAUCUGGUUGCCCAAACUAACCUGCUCCGAAACCAGGCUGAGGAAGAGCUGCUAAAAUCACAGAAAGUGUUUGAGGAGAUGAAUAUUGACCUACAGGAGGAGCUGCCAUCAUUAUGGAACAGCCGUGUUGGUUUCUAUGUCAACACAUUCCAGAGUAUUGCUGGAUUGGAGGAGAACUUCCAUAAAGAAAUGAGUAAGCUGCAUGAAAACCUCAGUGGAGUAAUGACAACUCUUGAUAGUCAUCAGGGAAAACCAUCUACAAACGCCUACACUGUGAAAGCCCAGCCUAGAAAGAAAACUAAUCUUUUCUCCAGACUGAGGCUAAAGAGGAGCAGUGAUUCCAGCCCAGCAAAGGCAAAUAAAACUCCAUCAUCCGCUCCUGAUAUAGCGCCUCCCACAACCACAGAAGCUAAGACCGCCAACCAUGACUCUGAAGAACCCAUCGUGCCCCCAUCUGCUACUGCAACAGCCACAUUUUUUGCAGACACCCCAUCUGUGGUUAUAUCCAAGUCACCUUCUCAGCUGAGGAGAGGUCCUCCAGUUCCGCCACCACCUAAACUCACGCCCUGCAAGGACAUCAAGCAGGAGAAUAUCAUCGGUCUGUUUGAUGACAAUUUUGUGCCCGAGAUAAGUGUGACCACCCCCUCACAGUUUGAGGCUGUGUGGCCCCAAGUGGAAGAGCCCAGCCUGUUGGAUCUGGAUUUUGAUCCCCUCAAACCUGACUCCAGUUCGACCACAGCUGCAGCCCAGUCUCUGCCGUGGGAUUUGUGGGAGCCUGAAAAGAAAGAGCCUAGCAGCGCAGACCUUGCUGAUAACACUGCUGAUGCCACUUUUGUAGUAGACUGGUCCAGUCAGCCCACUGAGGCUGCCCAACCAUCAGAACCAGCUCCUGUUGCCUCUCCUAGGAAGGAAACGGAGGCUAAACCUGUCACUGCUGAGAAAGAUACAAAUAAAUCCAGCUCGCUCCCAGCUGUCGUUGUUGAAACUUUUUCUGCUACAGUGAAUGGUACAGUAGAGAGUGCACCACCUAAGACGAACAUGCCCCCUGGAUUCCUGUAUAAGGUUCGGGCCCAACAUGACUAUGGUGCAACGGACAGUGAUGAGUUAGACCUGAAAUCUGGAGAUAUUGUUCUAGUAACUUACUUUGAUAACCCAGACGAGCAGGAUGAAGGCUGGCUAAUGGGAAUUAAGGAGAGUGACUGGCUUCAGAAUAAGGAUUUUGAACAACAUAGAGGAGUCUUCCCGGAGAACUUUACAGAGAAGAACCAGUGAGGAGCAGCGACCUUUCAACUCGGGGAUACAAAGCAAAUUUUCUGUGAAAAUUAUAAACCACGUCUAUCCUAUGAACAGUUACCCUACAAGUGUCAACUUAAAGGUUCCGUUCUCUUAUAGGUGCAAGGUUAGAUAGUAAAUAGAUACAGUUCCUGGAAUGCUAAAAUGUAUGUGUGCCCCAGUUUCACAACUAGAAGUGAUUGGAUUGAUCUUUGGUCACUUACAAAUUGAUUUACAUCUGGGGGAAGGGGGUCACCGUGUAUAGGUUGCUCUGUAAGAAUGCCAAAUACUGUAGUGUGUCAUUUUAUACUAUACAUGUCCCAUCAGAGGGAGCUAUUAUGUGUCCUGAACAAGUAUUCAACCGAUCAUUUCACUAGGAACUAGUGACAUCACAAAGUGCCUCCUGCUCCAGUGAUGUCACCAGUUCCUAAUGACCUCAUCGGCGGCAUUCUCCUGGUAACACGGCUCAUUGUGGUGUAGCGUGUUUCAUGAUUAUCAUCUGCAGACAUUGUGUGCAAUGCCAACAGCAUCAUGCUUGGAGAACAGAUAUGGAAUUUGUAAUACCUUGCAACACUUAAAUCAUAUGAGUUACUUAGUCAUAGCAAAUCAUGUGCAUUGCAUUUGUCCCAAGUUUAAUUUGUCAGUGGGCAAAAGAAAUCCUGAAAUAGUUUCCUAGACCUCAGAGCAGAUUCCUUUAUUUUUCUUCCACCUACUUCUACAUGUAGACCUGCCCACUGCUAUGGGAUUCAACCAAUCCCAUUAAGAAUUUGGUCAGUACUUCAGGAGAUUCUAGGGUGUGCUUUUAGCAGUGGGCUCUAUACUGACUGUAUGCUUGUCAUGCAGUGAUGUCUGCCAGCGGCGUGUAGAGAAUUCCACAGUUUCCCUAAGGAAAAUGUGGUACAAGUGCCCCAGUGAUCAUAUCUGCUGUCUCCUCUGACCUUUGUUGAGUCACAAAAGUACAUAAUGGAGAUGCCCCUGAUCUUAAGGAAGCAAUGUCCUCCAGAUUGCAACUUACACAGGUAACUUACACAGUCUCCAUUUGGGAUGUAUGCUGUAUUUCCACUAUCAAAAAACCUGUGACAGGGGAGGUGACUGUCUCAUAAUGAUUGUCUACCUCUUAUAAAGUGUUAAAUGCAUUAAAAGUAUUACAAUUAUUUUUUCCAACCAUCUGAAUGAUUGUUAUAAUACCCUAUCCGCCCAGUCAUUCUGUUUAAUGCUUUUGAUAAAGGCGUAGUUCUGGGGUGUUACAUUGUGACAUAUAAUAAUAUAUCUUCAAUUAGAUUGAUCUUUACAACUGUUAAUCUCUCAUGAAUUGUGGUGAUAUUUGCAAUUAAAAUAUAUCCAUUUGUGCUAUCACUAUAUGGGUUUGCCUGCAUUUUGGAUAUGGAUGAAACUUUGGUCUUAUAGUCAACAUACACUAGAUUAGAAUAAUUGAAAAUACCACGUUUAUAUAAAAAAUGUAUAUUUGUGGGCUGGAUCCCAUUUGAAAAGUAGUAUUUAUACAAUAGUGUUUAGGAGAGUUCUAAACCAAGGUCUUGGCCCUCAAGCAGCCAGUUAGACAGCCUCGUUCUACGCCAUCUGGUUGUAAAUUUCACCAAUAAAUAGCGACAACUUUUUUAUUUGAGGAAUAUAGAAUAACGUUUCCAAUGAGUAGAGUAAGAGGAGCAGCAGAUACUGUACAUGAUCUACUGGAUUCUCCAGCAUAAAUUCUUAAGUGUGGAUAAUAACAGAGGCAAAGUAUGCCAUAUCUGAUCCCAACAACAGUUGGAACAAUCUGUAUGAUGUAUACAUCAAAUUAAAUACAAAGUGUAUUUGUUCUUGUCGAGGUAUAGAAACUUUUCAUAUAUAAUUGUAUUUAUUUGUGAAUUCCGUUAACUGCUCUUUUAAAGUAAAAAAAUAAUAAUACACUGUUCUUUUAUUGUACCUAUGAUUCUAAGUGAAUGAGACUGAAGAUGGCUUAUUGCAUUGACUUUACGGUUACCUUUAAUAGAGUUUAAAGUUUCUGAAAUGUUGAUCAUUUCAUCUGUUGUAGACACUGCCUGCAUUUGCAUUAUGAGACGAAUAUAAGGCUUUAAUGCGCUGUUCAGCAUAUACCCCCCUGAAUUUGACCAGAUCUUCCAUUACUAAAAGUCGCUUGCAAACUGAGGCACAUAGCCCUGGGAAGUCAACAGAAAUACAUUUACUCUUGUGUUUUUAUAAGAAAUGUUUUUGUGUGUGUUCAUUCAAAUAGCUAACAGAACUGUGAUUUUAUACUGUAACAAGGUGACCUGUGAGUGAUGUUCUGAGCAUGUUAUGUAGAUUGAUCCAUGAAUGAGUUACUCAGAGCUUAGUAACCCUCUCUACUGCAAAGGCUGCUGUGAUACAUUUUAAUACAUGCUAUUUCUUAGAUUGGUCAGCAUACAUAUAUAUUUUUUUGUCAAUUAUUAUUUUGUAAUGAACACUAUGAAGUUUGAUAGAUGGUGAUAUAAAAAAGUGGGUGCACUAAAUAUAUUUAUGGCAUGUAGUACCUAUUAGCUAAUGGAUUUUAAAGUACAGUAUACAGUCGCCUAGGUACAGUGAAGUCAGACAUUUUGUAGGCGGGACCUAUACUCAGCUCAUUGUUUUACUUGGAACUAGUGAUGUCAUCGAGACAUGAGUAAUUUGAUAGGCUGCAAUCUUUUAGGUCCUUCCCACAAAAUGGCCUCUUUAUUGUGAGUAGGUGAACGCUACACUUUAAACUUGAAGUAAGACAAUGAGGUGUAAAGUUUACAGGUAAGAAUAAGUUCCUCUGAUUACUGGUCAUGUAUCCUUUAGUUGUCAGCCUCCCAUCAGUGAUGUCAGUGACAUAAACUUGUUCAGUUUACUGGCAUCACUCAUGGUUACUGGUUUUAUCUAUGAAAGAGCUGGCAGACAUUUUUUUUUUACUGAAAAGUGGUGGAUAAGUGCUAAUUUCAAGGGGAUUUGUGUCUGUGUUUUUACAGCUCAGGUAAAGGCUUGUCCUGAAUACAUUGUUACACCUGUUACAUUAUAUCUAAUAAAGAAAUAUCCCCAAGG